UUAUGUGCCAAUUACCACACAAUCUCAAUCAACCCCUCGACCGACCAGCUCUCCAAGCAACAACACAAACACGUCUAAUCCUGCAUCAGAUCGCAAAGUUAUAGAUAAUCGACCAACAUUCACAACUACAUCAUUUCAUGCCACACCAUUUCAGGCUGGAACAGUUAGGAAACGUAGGACCGAUACAUUAGGAUUCUCACAAGAUGUAGGACCAUUCUUCUCACCAACUCAACAACAUCGUAACAUUUAUAGUGCAGAUAGAACGUUAAGUUAUAAGCUUCGUAUUAAUUCUAAGGUAGAUCGUGGAUUCUUUUUGGCUGAUAACGAUUGGACAUGUUAUCGAAGGAAUUAUUUCCAAAUAAGCAGUGCAUUUUCUAUCUUAAGUGCAACUCAUACCAUGAAUGAAUCAGACAUAUCAUGUUUACUUGAAGUUGAUGGACAAUUUCAUCCUGUUAGUCAAUUCUUAUUGGGUAUCACAGCAAGAGUUUCCAAUAGUGACAAAAAGAUUGAAUUAGUGCAACACACACCCAAACGUGACAAAGGACCACAAAUGGUUCCAGUUCCAAAACCUAUUCGUGCAGGUGGAAAUUUGAACCUUAGUUCAGUUGGAUCAAACUCAAACAUUGUUACCUUUGAACGUAUUCAAUUUAAAACUGCAACAGCUAAUAAUGGAAAACGUCGCGCAGCGCAACAAUAUUAUGUUGUAAUGGUCGAUCUUUACGCACAGACAGAAAAUGGAGAACAAUAUCGAGUAGCAACAUCAACUUCAGCACCUUUGGUCGUAAGAGGGCGUAGUCCUGGACAUUAUGCCGAUAAUCAUGACCGUUACAAUCCAAUGGGCAUGAAUCCAGCUUUCCCAAAUGAUCGUCAUAUUGGAUUUCCACAUCCUCAAGGACCAGGGGGAGCACCAGUUAUGACACAGGAUUUUAGUGGACCUUUUCCAGGACCAUACAAUCAAUACCCACCCUUUCCAGGGUUCCCCCCUGUUAACGGAGGGCCAAUGCGAAAUGACGCUUUAUUGAUGAUGCCGAAUGGACAAGCACCACAAUUUCAUCCUCAACAUCCACAUCAGCAAUACAUGGUACAAGGUAUUUCCGAUGGAGAAAACCCUAAUCCAGAUAUGUACAGUAAUGCAAACAUGGACACUAGCGUGGUUAAUAAUUCACACGACCAAAAGAUGCAUGACAUACAUAUGGAAGGGGUAACAGCCGCUUCCGCGCCACAUUCAGCAUUUUCAAACUUUGAAUCCCGUCAAAUUCAAACACCAGUGACCGGACCAAAUGCACCAGAAUAUGUUGAAGGAUUUCAUAUGUAUCAUAACGAAAGUCACCCCACCAGCAGUACAUCCGCACAUGAAGGUUAUCAAUCCGAUACUGAGCCUCAUAAUAAUGGAUUAAAUCACAUGAAUGGACGGCAAACAAGACCAGACGGUUCGUCAGAACAUAAUAAUUCAUCACAGAUUAAUGGGGAUAAAUCAGGACAUGAUUCAAAAUCACCUUUAUUAGCAAACGGCAAUAACAACAUCACAAAUUACCGAAUUGGAAAAACAGAAAACACCGAUAAGCU